AUGAAGGAUGUUCAAACCUAUCAAUAUUACAAGGAUAGCAUGAGAAUACAAUCAACUUAUAGGGUUCAGCUCGAAGAAAACGAUGCUCAUAUAGAAAUUGGUAAAAACACAGGAAAAUAUACUAUAUGUGGAAUCAACACUAAUGAUGAAGCGAUAGAUGAUGCUUUGUUAGAUAGAUUAAUAAUAUUGAUUGAUAAGCUCGAAUUAAAUAAACAAGAUGCGCUUGACAAUAUGAAUCAGACACAAGAAUGA